GCAUUUUUAUUGCCUGCAGUGGAGAAACUGUGAUGGUUUAAUGGAGAUUUAUCAAGAUGGGAAAAAGAUAGGAACAAAAUACAGAGCAAAAAAUCACACUAUACAUUCCAACGGCGUCAUUGUACUUGGCCAGGAGUUGGAUUCCUAUGGCGGGGGUUUUCAAAGGAAUCAAGCGUUCAAAGGGAGCCUUGCAGGGUUGAAUCUGUGGAGUCAAUUCUUGACAACCAAUGUUAUUCAGGGAAUGGCAUCUGGGGUUUUGAAUGUUAACGGAAAUCUUCUUCAAUGGAGGGAUUUCAGAGAUCAUGUUGUUGGUGACAUAGUUAUACAGAAUGGAUCCGAGGCAGAAAUUCCAGAAUAUCGAAUACAGAAUCAGCGAGAUGAAUGGUGUGAAAGAAACAUCUCUAAAGCGUUUACUCAUGCAAGAUUUAUCCGUGGCCGAGACACGGAUGGCUACAGGUGGAGAUGUGUCGAGGCAGCGGCCAUGUUGGAUGAGAAUAUGUGUUACGAUAUCACUAAGAAUUCAUCCUUGUAUCAUAACAAGGACACGAAGAAAGAACUUUUGGGGAUUAAUUAAAAAACAUUUUACUGCGUAGUGCGUCGUUAAACAAAAAUAGAUAACAUAGGGCACUUUCCUUUAUACGGAUAGAUUUA